AUGGAGCGCGAAACUGACUCUUCCCUAGACAUCCUCUCCUCCUCCCUCGACCUACUAGGAGCCGCACCAAUACCAGACUUCCCGACCGUCUCAUUCGGCUCACUGGUCGUCUCCCGUCCUCCUCGUGCAGGAAAGGCAAACACGCUCCUUGCGGAUCAGGUGUUCAACCCCGGGCUAGUGACGGCAGAGCGUAUCGAGGCUGGAGGGAUAGACGUGGAGGGCCGAUAUGUCCUGGAGCUGGGAUGUGGAGCAGGCAUCCCCUCACUCGUCGCUGCUUCCCUCACUUCCCACGGACCGGAGAUGGUCGUUCUGACCGACUAUCCCGAUUCAGACCUUAUGGAAGCGCUGCAGGCCAACGUCGAACGAAACAAAGCACAAGUGCGAUGUCCGGUGCACGCGAGGGGUUAUGCCUGGGGAGACGAUGUGAGCGAAUUGCUGUCCUUCCUCCCCCCAAGUAAGGAGGGGUACGACGUUCUCCUUCUCGCGGACCUCUUGCACCUGACACCGCCCAUCUCCCCGCUGCUCACGUCCCUCACUCAUCUGCUCGCCCACACUCCGAGCGCCCGAGCGUACAUAACGAUAGGCACGUACACCAAAGCCAGCGGAGCCGAGGCCUGGCUGGGCGCUGCCCGGGCCGCAGGGCUGGAAUUGGAAGAAUGGGACCUGGGGGUAGAGUGGGAGGGGAGUGAGCUGCAGGGCGUGGGAGAGGUGAGAGGGAAGCAGGCGCACAGAGAUGUGAAGAGGAGUGUGAGGGGGUGGAUUGGGCGCUGGUCCUGAUGGACAUGCGCUUAAUAGCAUCGACAGGCAUCUAAUGUAUGGUCUGGGGGUUUCAAUUUCCGAGAAGAGAACACCUUGCCAUUGAAC